AUGGGAGGCUUUCUCACGUUGGUCGAGGAUCGACCUACACCCAAGGCGGUGUACAACUGGAAGGUGUAUGCAUCAGCAGCGAUGGCCAGUUUCGCGUCGUGCAUGAUAGGAUACGAUUCGGCCUUCAUUGGCACGACGUUGGCUCUUCCUUCGUUCAUGAGCGAGUUCGCGUUUAGCGAGAUGUCAUCCACCCAUCUAGCUCUUGUCAAGGCGAACAUUGUGUCAGUCUACCAGGCUGGUGCAUUCUUCGGCUCCCUCUUCGCAUAUCCUUCCGCCUUCUACCUGGGUCGCAAGCAGAGCUUGAUGAUCUUCUCACUCGUCUUUAUCCUCGGAGCUGGUCUGAUGCUGGGCGCAACCGGCGACCGCGGCCUCGGACUCAUCUACGCUGGACGAGUCCUUGCAGGCAUCGGCGUUGGAGCAGCAUCCAUGAUCACACCCAUAUACAUAUCUGAAAUCGCCCCGCCCGCUAUCAGAGGUCGCAUUGUCGGUAUCUAUGAGCUAGGAUGGCAAAUCGGAGGUCUGGUUGGGUUCUGGAUCAACUAUGGUCUUUCAGAGACCAUGGCUCCUAGUCACAAGCAGUGGAUCAUUCCAUUCGCAGUCCAGCUGAUCCCAGCUGGUCUUCUCUUGGUCGGUGCCUUCUGGAUCAAGGAGAGCCCGAGAUGGUUGAUGUCGAAACACCGUCGAGAGCUGGCACUAAAAAAUCUUUGCUGGAUCCGCAGCUUGCCUGCCGAGGACAUCUACAUCGUUGAGGAAGUUGCUAUGCUUGACGCAGUAUUGGAAGAGCAAGCCUCGACUAUCGGCGAGGGCUUUUGGGCUCCCUUCCAGGCUGCUGGUCGCGACCGUAAAGUGCAAUGGCGCCUGCUGCUCGGUGGCUUACUCUUCAUGUGGCAGAAUGGCUCAGGUAUCAACGCCAUCAACUACUACAGUCCGACGGUUUUCAAAGCCAUCGGAAUCACUGGCACGAACACUGGCUUCCUCACCACUGGCAUCUUCGGCGUAAUCAAGACAGUCCUCACCUUCGUCUGGAUGCUCGUCCUCAUCGACAACCUCGGCCGCCGAAAGCUCCUCAUGAUCGGUGCUGCCGGCGGGUCUGUCUGCAUGUGGAUCAUCGGCGGCUACAUUUUCACCAGACCCAUCUCCUCAGGCGUCACCUCCGACUCCCUCAGCUCCGGCGGCAUCGCCGCAAUGUUCUUCUUCUACCUCUGGACAGCCUUCUACACACCCUCAUGGAACGGCACGCCAUGGGUCAUCAACUCCGAAAUGUUCGACAACAACACUCGUGGCCUCGGCCAGGCUUCUGCAUCCGCCAACAACUGGUUCUGGAACUUCAUCAUCAGUCGUUUCACACCCCAGAUGUUCAACAACAUGGGCCCAAGCGGUAGCGGCGUAUUCUUCUUCUUUGCCUCGAUGAUGAUCGCUUCGAUUGUCUUUGUGUGGUUCCUGAUACCAGAGACCAAGUCGAUUCCUCUCGAGAGCAUGGAUCGUCUCUUCGAGAUCAAGCCAGUCCGCAAGGCGAACAAGAUCAUCAUCGAGGAGGACCGAGCAAGAGAAGCUGAGUUCCGUCAUGAUGCCGAGGGCGCGGGUCUGAGCGUUGGGAAGGAGAAGCUGGAGCAGGUUGAGCGUAUUAGUGAGAGGAACAGCGACGUCUAG